AGCUAUGAUGCAGGUUGCUCAGGAAUAUCUAGAGAAAGGAGAGCUACAGAAGGCAGCCGAGGAGUUCCAGAGAGCCGCAAAGGGAGCCGAGCAGAGUCCCGUGGGGUCGACAGAGAUCCCAGAGCUCCUGUCUCCUCAACGCUGGAGCCUGCCUCGUGUCCCUGGGCGAAUGCGAGAAAGGUUUGUCGUGUCUCAGCUCAGCUGCCGCGAUCAUAACGGCCAGAUCUCCGCCCACUGAACCCGCAGAAGACGAAUACAGCUCCUCUCCCACUCGACCUCCAGAGCACCAAGACCGCUCCGGACCAACAGAUAACAGAGAAGGCGACAAAGACGUGGAGUCGCUCCAGCUUCUAGCUGACGUUCACUACAACUCGGCAAUCGCUCAUCAAGCCCUCGGGGAUCACGACCAGGCGGCCCAAGAGUUCCAGUCCUGCCUCAAUAUCCACGAGAAAUCUGGCAAUCUUCAAAUUUCGGCCGACAUCCUCACUUCUCUAGCAGACUGCCACCAUCAGACGGGACAGUUUGAUCAAGAGAUCUCCUACCUUGAAAAGGCUCAGGCGGUGUGUAAGGAAUUGGGAGAGAGUGGGAGGGAGGCAAUGAUGUGUGUCAGGCUGGCCAGAGAUCAUUUCAGGGCUGGGAGAGAGGGAGAGUGCAGGCAGAUGCUGAGCUCAGCCAAGAUGGUUGGUUCCAGAGUUGUUGACAAGAAAAUCUUGGGUUCACUCUACUCAGAGUGUGGCUGGGUUCACAGCUCACUUGGGCAACACGACGAGGCACUACGGUGCUUCGAGCAAGCUCUUCCACUGGUGAGGGGAGCUGGGGAGAGCGAGAACCAACUGCAAGAAGCCUCUCUGCUCCAAAACAUCGGAGCUGCUUACAACGAGAAGCAAAUGUACAGCGAAAGCCUGGCCUAUCACAGAGAAGCCGCCACAAUGCACGGCAAGUUGGAGAGUCAGGAAGCUGAAAUCAAGUGUCUCUGCAACUUGGCCUUUGCCCAGGCUCAGCUGGGAGACUAUACCCCGGCCUCAGCCACUCUAACUAAAGCGGAGGAAAGUGCUCAUGCUACGAAAAACACAGACCUCCAACUUCAGACCUGCGAGUGUUUAGGCAGCCUUUACUAUCACAUGAGCCAGUUCCCCGAGGCUGAAAGAGCUUUCAACAGUGCACUAGAGUUGCUUGAUAAGACCGAGGGAGAUACAGAGACCGCCAGAGAGAGGGUGAUGAAAAAAUUGUCGGACGUAAAACAAGCAUCACAGAAGAGUUUAAGAGCUAAUCCGUCUACUGACACCCAAAAAUCUCCUUCACACAGUAGCUGUGUGACACCACCUUUUAUGGAAGACACAGCUCAAGGCAACAGAGUCUCGUCUGCCGAGGGAGAAGAGAGGAUGGAAGAGGGUAACACUGCUGCAGUGCGAUCCGACACACCUCAAAGCCAGGAUAGUCACGAGAGGGAGUUACAGGCCUACCAAGAAGCUCUCAACAGUAGUCACGGAAGUUCAGAGACACUGGAAGAGACGAGUCAUCGUUUGUGCAAUUCCUCACAAAGAUCAGGGCUGGAACAAUCUUCGUUAUUUCAGAGGCAGGGUGGCGUUAGCUCCCCGUUGAGAGUGACAGAAGGCAGUCUGGCCAUAGGAGCCAAUGCAAGGGAAAUGUACAGGGUGCAGCAGAGGAGAACUGAGGCCAGGCGCAAGGGAAACAGGCGAAAGACUAGCUGCACCACAGAGAUUGUCAGGAGGGACCGAGAAGAUGGACAACCAGAGGGACCCGCAGGAGACGACAACACAAAUGGCUUACCUCAGCCUUCCCCUUCUAGUGACCACACUGUUCAUUCCAGGACAUGUGCAAUCCUCUAGCAAUUUUCGGGUUUUAGUGGUGCCGUUAUUUGAAAUUCUUGCCCAUUGUUUUAUGAGGCAGCU